GACUCCUUCCGGGCGGCUAAUGAUGACGCCACAAGUCUCAUCUCGGGUGACGCCUACACAUGUUAGCGUGGAACCGUUCCACGUGACCGCCUUGGGGGCGUGGCGAGCUUGGAAUCCACUGAUAAUGGAUCCAACAGACCAAGAAGAUGAUCAUGUUAUGGACCAAUUUAUGGAAAAAUUUAAAACCCAGAAAUACAUGGGUGCAUUUAAUGAAGACACCUGGGAGGAGGAGUUUGACAAGAUCCCAAUGUUCAUGAAAAAAGCCCCUUCUGAAAUUGACCCCCAAAAGGCUCCUGACCUGGCUUGUCUUCAGUCCAUUUUGUUUGAUGGGUCCCCUGAAGAACAAGCAAAGUCCUAUAAAGACGAGGGCAAUGAGUAUUUCAAAGAAAAAGCUUACAAACAAGCAAUCACGUCAUACACAGAAGGCAUUAAGAAGAACUGCAAUGACCAAGAAUUGAAUGCCAUAUUGUACACCAACAGGGCCGCAGCACAGUUUUAUUUAGGUAAUUACAGAUCUGCUCUUAAUGAUGCAACUGCAGCAAGAAAACUGAAGCCGGAUCAUUUAAAAGCAUUAAUAAGAGGCGCCUUGUGCUAUGUGGAAAUAAAGAACUACACUGAAGCUGUGGAAUGGUGUGAUGAAGGGCUAAAGGUCUAUCCAAAUGAGAAGAAACUGUUAGAAACUAGAGCAAAAGCUGAUAAACUGUUGAGAGCUGCAGAACGAGAUGUUCGAAAGAUGAGGCAUGCUGAGAAGAAGAAGCAGGCCCAAAAAGAAUCCCUGCUUAGUGCCUUGAAGGAUAGAGGGAUCAGGAUUCAUCAGCAACCUCCAGGUGAGGAAGAUGAGCAAGAGGAGGGGAUAUUAUUGCCAUUUGAUACACUAAGCUCAGAAAAUGCCACUGGAGCACACGUAUUUCAGGAUGAAAAUGGCCGACUGAACUGGCCUGUACUUUUCUUGUAUCCAGAGCACGGACAGACAGAUUUUAUAUCUGCCUUCCACGAGGAUUCCAGGUUUAUUGAUCAUCUAAAUACAAUGUUUGCAGAAUCUCCUCCAUGGGAUGAAGACCAGAAAUACUAUGCUGACAGCCUAGAGGUUUACUUUGAAGAUGAAGAGUCCCAGACCUUCUAUCAGGUGAAUCCUGAAGCAACUUUACUUGAGGCAGUACAGCACAGGAGAUUUCGAGUGAAAGCUGGAACACCAUCAUUUUUAAUCUUUGCAAAGAAAUCAACAUUUUGCAUUGAUUAUUUCUCCAGUAAGAAAGUUUAUAGACUGCCUUCAGCAUAGCUCUGAAGCUGAAAUAACAAACACUUGGCAUAAUGGACAUUUGACUAUGUAAAUGAAAAUUAGCUUAAGAGGCAUUUUGUGAAGAACAUUGAAGACUUUGUUAAUUUUAUUCAGUGAAGCUGAAUGGAAACAAUCAUUUUGAUCUCCUGUAUUCAACUUUGGAUUUAAAUUCUUUGCUGGCUGCUCACAUGACAAGUGUUACAUAUUUCCUGUGCUAUUCUGGAUCAAUUAUAAGAUAUAUUAUAUGAUCAUAUGAAAUGAACCUGGUUAUUGGAGUUUUCCAUGAUUUCUGCUACCAGUUGGUCUUUACCAGUACAGCUAAUUCUGAAAUAUGCAGGGCUGCAUUUAUACAAUUCAUACCUAGAGAGGUUAUUAUCUCUGGUAAGUUUGUUUGCCUCAUCACUGUAUUUACAUUGCAUUGAGUAGACCUUGGGCAGGAUGCUAAACAUACUGAGCUGGCUGAAUUCUUUUCUUGCUGCUCGCAUGACUCGCAAUGCAGUACAGAGAGGUAAUCAAAUUAUAAUACAAGAAGUAGUGCUGGCUAAGCCAGUUUUGGGGACACUUUAACUAAUAUAGCAGCUACAGCAGGUAAGUGUAGAUGCAGGUGGCAGUGACUACUUUGCCUGCAUAUGUGAAAAAAUCACUGUAGUCAAUGAUGAGGAUGAUAAAAUAACAGCAUACUAAGAAAUACAACCUAAAUUUUGAAUGGAACCAUAUGUAACCAUGGUUUUUGUUUCUACCCUACUACUUAUGCAGUUUUCCCCUUAUGUUCUAUAUUUUUCUGUUCUGCUCUUUUUUUGUUGCCCUUUUAUUAUUUUCAGUUUUACUCUGCUUCUUUCUGUCUCAUUUUCAUGCUAUUUUUGGCUGCUUUCUGCUUUAUUCUCUUUUGUCUUUUUUUAACCUUAUAUCUUGUCUUUUACUUGGUAGUGUCAGUGUGGGCAGAUAACUUUGCAGGGGUGCCAAAGGCCAAAACAGAGCUUACACACUGAUCUUUACCAAAUUGCUUAAGUAAUUAUAAAAAUAUAUUAGUGUGCUACAAUCUUGGUUAUCCAAUCAGCAGUUAUGGUUUGCUAGUCAGUGUUAUUACUUUUUUAGCUCAGAAACACUCAAAAGAGCAUUUUCAGAGCAUUAGCUCGCAGCUUUGCUUGUGUGCAUUUUUCAUUCAAUCAACAGUAGAUUUGGUCAGCGGUCACAGAGGUGCUUUUUCGCAGGCUGAAAUACAUAAUUUUAAGGCUGUGAUAGAAUGUGCUGGGAGCAUCCAAAGCAAAAUGUUGUAUGUAAUUCAAAUAAAGACGAUAUGCACCCCCUUUA